AUGUCGCACAGCAUCUGGCCACCGAAUAACGUGGAGAACGAAGCACUCUCUGGCUUCUACAAUUUCCUCCCGGAUUUGAAGGACCUGCUCGACACAAAGGCAGACCAUGCCAUAAUGCUGGCAAAGGAAAUCUUCUGCUGGAAGUUUUCGGGGGGCGUUGCGACUUGGGAGAAGAUCUGUUUAUGGAUGCUUUGGAAUUUUGGAUAGAGUUGAUAAAUAGUAAGUAGUAUGUUGCAUCCUAGAAGAUUUUCUUUGUUUUCCGAGGACUUUAGUGUGGAGAAAUCAAAUGGCAUUCAUUCGAUGGAUUUUGUUUAGGUUUAGCCUUUGAGUUGCUUGCUUUCCUCUAACUCCGAACGCUGAUGACGAUAUGCUUACGCUGAC